UGAUUUCCAGGACAACCAGUGCUGAGUUCCACAGGAGCCACAACGCAGACUGGGAAACAUGGGUCUGAAGAUGCUUGAGUCCCGACUUUGUCUCCUGCUGCUGCUGGGACUUGUCCUAAUGCUUGCCUCAUGCCAGCGACCAACUCCUUCCCAGUGGUUUAACAUCCAGCAUAUCUAUAAUAGUGCCUAUCCUCGAUGUUAUGAUGCUAUGCGGGUUGUUAACAAUUAUACAGGAAGAUGUAAGGACUUUAAUAGUUUUCUUCAUACAACUUUUGCUGAUGUUGUUCGCGUGUGUGGCAAUCCACAUAAAACCUGCAAAGACGGGAAAAGUACAAAUUGUCAUGACAGUUCAUCUCAGGUAUCUGUAACUUUCUGUAAACUCACAACUCCAGCAACCAAUUAUACCCUAUGCAGAUACCAAACGACAGGAGCAGUGAAGUUCUACACAGUUGCCUGUGACAACAGAACUCAACAGGACAGUCCCAUCUAUCCAGUGGUUCCAGUUCACUUGGAUAGGGUAUUUUAGCUCCAGUGCCAGCACGUUGUACCUUCGCUCAUUUGCUAAUGCCAAGAUCAUAAUAAUGAAGAACCAACUCCUCUCUGCCCUGCACAUCAGUACCUGUCCUCAUGAAACCUGUCCCUGUCACUAAUGUAGCUGAAGAGAUCUUUGCUAAACAAUAAACACCUUUGCAUACUGA